UUUACGCCUAAAAAAAAAGUUGGAAUUUGGGCCUGAUUGGGAAUUAGAAUGGAGCUGGAUAGGAGCAGAAGUGGUCCAUAUUAAAUUAGGCAGAGUAUCAACAUUUUUGUCCCCUUUUCAAAUUCCAAUUCCCAAUUAAAAGUUCAAAGAUUUUUUAGGGCUUCCUAAUGUUUAUUUCUUCUUACCAUUUAAAAAAAAAAAAAAAAAAAAAAAAAAAAUUUAAAAGUUCAGACAACCAUAUGUGUUCAAUUUAAUUAUUAUACAACCGUACAAAAUAAUUUAAUUUUAUUUUAUACAAAGACCCCAUGAUUUUCACACGCUAAAGAUUUCAUUUUGCAAUUAUUGCUUUCUGUUAAUCUCAUUCAAUUUCCCAUCAUAUAAAGCUUCGUCAAUGUUGUAUUACUGUUGAUUUCUUUUUGAUACAAAGAUUAAAAUUUCCAGAAAUAUUCAUUAGUAGCAGAGCUUGAAGAUGAACACUGAAUCAGUUACAGAGUUUUUGGGGGGAGUUCCAUUACUUCAGCGACUACCCAGUUCAUCUCUCAAGAAAAUUGCUGAGGUCGUUAAAGUCAAGCAUUUUGACAGUGGAGAGUAUGUUAUUCGUAGGGGAGAAAGUGGAGACGAUGUGUAUUUUGUUUGGGAAGGGGAGGCUGAAGUUUGUGGACUUGCUGAGGAAGAAAUUCGUCCAGAGUUCUUGUUAAAACGUUAUGACUAUUUUGGCAAUGGUGCCCCAACAUCUGAGAAGCAGGCAGAUGUGAUUGCAUCAUCCAAGUUGACCUGCUUGGUGCUGCCCUCUGACCAUUGUGCUUUGCUGCGGCCAAAGUCAAUCUGGAAUGCUAAUGCUGGAAAAGAGGCAUGUGCACCUGUAGAAAGCAUAUUACAUUUGGAUCCUAUUGAAGUUAACCUAUUUCAAGGGAUUACCUUGCCUGAAGCUCCAAGAUUUGGAAAAGUUUUUGGAGGACAGUUUAUCGGCCAGGCUGUGGCUGCAGCAUCAAAGACUGUUGAUUGCUUAAAAAUUGUCCACCAUUUGCAGGCUUAUUUCCUUCUUGUUGGAGACUAUGAUAUUCCAAUCAUAUAUGAGGUUCACCGCCUCCGUGAUGGGAAAAGCUUUUCCAGCAGAAGAGUAGAUGCUAUACAAAAAGGAACUAUUGUGUUCACCUUGCUUGCGUCAUUUCAAAAAGAAGAAUUAGGGUUUGAGCACCAGGAUGCAGUUAUGCCCUUGGUACCAGCUCCAGAUACGCUAUUAUCAUUGGAAGAGCUACGUGAAAAGCGUAUUAUUGAUCCCCGACUCUCCAGGACCUACCGCAACAAAGUGGCCAUGUCAGAGUUUACUCCUUGGCCCAUAGAGAUUCGAUUUUGUGAUCCAAAUACUUUUACGAAUCAGACGAAAUCCCCUGCAAAAUUGAGGUAUUGGUUCAGGGCUAAAGGAAUUUUGUCAGAUGACCAGGCUUUGCAUAGAUGUGUGGUGGCUUAUGCUUCGGACCUGUUGUUUAUUGAAGUCAGCUCAAAUCCUCAUCGUGACAGGGGUCUGAAGAUCAGUGUUCUAAGCUUGAAUCAUACGAUGUGGUUCCAUAUGCCCGUAAAAGCUGAUGAUUGGCUGUUAUUUGUGAUGGAGAGUCCAUCUGCUCAUUCUGCACGAGGAUUAGUUGCAGGUCGAAUGUUCAAUAGGAAGGGAGAGCUUGUUGUAUCACUGGCUCAAGAAGGUCUACUUAGAAAAGCCAGAACUCCAGGCAGAGCUCUCAGAGCCAAAUAUUGAAGUUCACAGACAAAAUCUUGCUAUAAUUCCUUGCCUGUAAAUAUAUAGCAUGCAAAGGAAACUGCCAUGUUAUCAUAAGAAGCGUUAUUCAACCAGGCAAUUGUUAUAAUACGCAAAUGAUUAUUGCUUGUAUUAUAAUUUUUUGGGAAAUUCUCAUUGGUAACAUCGAAUUUUCAUUUUUUUCUCUUUGGUAAAGGGUGAAAUAAGAUUUUACCAAUGGUAAUCAACAAUUUAUUAAACUAAGCUAAUGGUGACAUUACUGAUAAUUUAAUACAAUUAAAAGACUAACUACAGUUAAUCUUGGUUAAAUGAUUAUGUUUUUACACUAAUACCCUUACAAAAAUUCCUCUCUGAUUUCCCUCCUAGGCCUCCUUUCGAUUUCCCCCUUUUUAAAACCCUAAUUUCCCAAUUCAUCUUCAACCUCUGCAAUUCGCACUUUUCUCUAUCUCUCUCAUUUCAUGGCUAAGUUUGGUUCUUCGUCUGUAACAAUGCGGGCUAUCACUAUGGACGACAAGAUUGCUUGGGUGAAGCACGUUUCCUACAACUGUGUUCCUCCUAAAGUGGUUGUUGUCAUGGUUUCUGAAACCACGAAAAAUCCACGAAGGUUGUUCUUUAAAUUCAGGGCUUGCGAUUAUUUUGCUUGAUUAAAAGAAGAAGAUAUUAUCAGGGUUGGGAGGAAUUGAAGUUGAACAAGGUCCAAAUGCUGCUGCAAAGGAUAAAGUAGAAAAAUUGGCAAAAUUUAUGAAAGUUGUUGCAAAAAUGGCACUCAUUCUGUAUUUUGUGUUGUUGUUUGUUGUUUCUAAGUGAUGUAUGCAUUAUUGUGUACUUGGCUUUAUGCCUUAUGAAUGUAAGCAACGAUCCUUAAUGAUGAAUAAAAAAGUGGAGAAAUUUUCUGAAA